AUGGGUUUAGUUGGAACAUUGAGCGAGGCAACAAAUGCAAGUGAAGAUGCACUUCGCCUUUUAUUAUCUGUAUUAGUUGGUUAUCCAUUAGCUGUGCUUCAUCGAACUGUUUUUUAUAACAAACCUGCGCAAAUUCAACAUUUGUUCUUUGUUAUUGUUGGAAUUUCGAUUUGGUAUUUCAAUUGUGGUGGGUUUUUCUUCAAAAAUUCACUAAAUGAAAUUUUUUCUGAAAAAAAAUCUAAACCUUAUCCCAGCCCAAAGCACGUGAAUGGCCCGGCAACACAGAAAUAAACAUUGAUAUUCAUCUCUAGAUUGUCCGAAUCUAUAUAAAAAGUUGCGAAAAAAGCUUUCUCAAUUUUAUAGAGCCCGAGGAAAAGCUUUUGAGAAAUGGUGACUAGAAUAUUCUUGUCCCUCAAAAGCUUUUCCUCAGGCUCUAUAAAAAAGUUUUUUCGCAACUUUUUAUAUAGAUUCGGACAAUCUAGAGAUGAAUAUCCAUGUUUAUUUCUGGGUUGCCGGGUCAUUUAAAUUUUCAAUAAUUUCUCCAGGAAACGCUGUGAUCCAUGCUCUUCUCUCGAUUCUCGCCGCAUAUUUCAUCACAAAUUUCAUGGCUGGAACAGAUGCCUCUGUUUAUGCGGCACAUAUUGUAUUCUUAGGACAUCUUUUAGUCGGCUAUUGGUUUGCUGAAACCGAUUCGUAUGAUAUCACAUGGACAACACCGUUUUGUAUCAUGACUUUGCGAUUUAUUGGUUUGGUUAUGGAUGUUUAUGAUGGACAACAGAAACCGGUUUGUUUUUUAUUUUUAUUAGGCAAUUUUUGUCCUCUGAAAAUGAUUUCCUUCAUAUAAUACUUUGUUUCCAGGAAAAUCUGAAAGCUGAUCAAAAAAUCACUGCCAUCACAGACAAACCGGGACUUUUGGAAAUCGCCGCAUUCGGUUUGUUCUUCCAGGGAACACUUGUUGGACCACAAUUCACUCUCGCCAAAUUCCGCUCAUUUGUUGGUGGAGAUUGGUUGGAUAAUGGAACGACGCCGCAAAGCGCGUAAGGUUUUGGCGGGGGAUUUUUUAGAGAAUAAUUUUAUUUCCUGCUCUAAAAUGCUCUUAGAAAUAUAAGAAAAUCGAAAAAAAAUAUUCAAAAAAGUACAAUUUUCAAAAAAAUUGCUCGAAAUUCUCUAUAAAAUUGCUUACAGUGUUAGUUAUUAGUUUUGUGAUAAGAAAUAGGUCAUUUUUUGGGUAAAAAUAAGGAACUUAGGGUAACUUUAACGUAAAACUAAGGUUCUAAGGUCAAUUUUCAUGAAAUACAGGUCAAAAUGCGUAAUUUUAGGCGAAUUUUCAUGUUUUUAGAGUGAAAUAAUUCAAUUAAACUUAAAAAAGCAAUGUUUUGAAAAAUUAUUGAAGUUUUGACUAUAGUCUAGUUUAGAGUAAUCUGAUUGUAUUUAUGAGCCCUUAAAAAUCUUUUCUCAGAUUCCUUCCAUCAAUCGGUCGAUUCCUCGCUGGAUGUACAUACAUGGUUUUCAAUCAAUGGGGACAAGUUUGGAUACCGGACGCAUUUUUCAACUCUGACGCGUUCUUUGUAAGUUUCUAGGGCCUAAAAAGUUUUAUGUUUUUUUCAAAAUUUGAAUUCAAAAAUCAAAAAUUUUGCAGAAUCUCUCGUUCUUCUGGCGUUGGACUUGGGUAACAAUUUGGUUCCGACUCACCAUGUACAGAUAUUGCUCAAUUUGGCUCAUCACCGAAGGAGCAUCGAUUCUGUCAGGACUUGGACACAAUGGAAAAGACGCAGAGGGAAAUGAUAAAUGGGAUGGAGUUCGAGAUUUGCAUAUCAUCAAAUGGGAAACUGGACAUGAUUAUCAAUCGGUUGUUGAGUCUUUCAAUUGUGGAACUAAUACUUUUGCCAAAAAGUGAGGAGGAUUUUUGGGGGAUUUUUCAGUUUGGGUCAAUAAUCUAUGACACUUUUCACAAAAACAUUUAUCACAUGACUGAUUUUGAAAAAAUCAGCUGAAAUUUCAGCAAAUAAUGCAAUUUUUAACUUGAAAACGAAGAAAUCUGACAAUUUUGAAUCCAAAAUUAUGGAAAUUUGGCUGAAUUUUUUGCACGGCAACCUAGAACUGUGUUUUUUUUUUUCGAAUUCACAGACAAAAAAUUCUGAACAAAAUUCUUUGGAACGCGAAAUUUUAUUGUCGUUCCGAAAAAAAAAGACCGUUGGAAGAGAACCGAAAUGGCCUAGGAAAUCAAGACUACAGUAGACUUUGCAAAAUUUUGGAGUCUUUUUGAAAAAUAAAAUGCGAAAUUGGCUAUUUGCCAACCAGUUUGAUGUGCAUGUGUCACGUCAUUUUUAGUCUACUGUACGUGAGCGCCAAUUUAAACGGGGGUUCUUUUUAUUUUCGGAUUGACAAUAUGAAUUCGGCCCAAGAUUUUCCUGCUCCAAAAAAAUCUCAUCUUGAUUUGUUCCAGCCAUAUUCAUCGCCGUCUUCGUUGGUUGAACAACAAACUUGCGUCGCACGUUUUGACCCUCGGAUAUUUGGCAAUUUGGCACGGUUAUCAUUUGGGAUAUUUCCUUCUUUUCGGAAUUGAAUUGGCCUGUGUUCAAGCUCAAACUCAGGUGAUUUGGGAUUUUUAGGAUGAUUUUUAAUAGGCUCAAAAUUUGAAUUAGAAAUUGUUUAGAUCGCUGGAAAAUUUUUGAUGUAAAACAUUAGAAAACUCAUAGAAUUCCAUCUGAAAUUCUGAAACUUCUAGCUAAAAAUUUCAAUAAUUGUUUGUUUUUAGCUUUAUGGUUUGAUUGCACGCACUCCUGGAUGGUCCGAAGCCAUUAGUCAACCAAUCGCCCGUCCAUUUAUUUGGAUUUUCGGAAAAUUGACAAUUUCCUAUUCGAUGGGUUUUGCUUUCCUUAUGUUUGGUUUGAUCAAGACGAAAUAUUGGAUUGCGGUGAGAUUUUUUUUUGUCGAAAUUUCUUCAAAAAUUGUUUUGAACCCUCAAAAUUACACAAAAAUCCCAAAUUUUUAGCCAGUUCAAUCGCUUUACUUCAUCGGAUUCAUUAUUUAUUUCGUCGCCUGGCCAGCUUUAUAUCAUGUUCUCCUCCAAGUUUUGCCAAGAAAACCGAAAGCCGAAAAACCUGUGGAGCCAAAGAAAGAAUUAUGA